GAGCGUCAGACCGGCUGCAGACCUCCUUGAAGGAGCCGAGCGUCGGCACUGUGGGCUUCGCACCGGUCGGAAGAGGACUAGAGGAAGAACCUGAGCAGCAGCUAGCAUGGCAACGGCGAGCACCUCAGGGCAGAGCGCCUUCGGGCUGGGCAGGAAAAAGAAGAACCCUGGGCUCAUGGACCAGAUUAGCAGAUUCUUUGGAGGAGACAAAAAGAAGAGGAGCAAGGGGUCUUUCCGGGGUCACCUGGCCGCCUCACCCCAGCAAUCCUCCUCUCGCCGUCGGACCAAUGAAAACGCUGUGGUGCAUUUCUUCAGGAGCAUUGUUUCUUCUCCUCGUCCUAAAUCCAGGUGGAGAGAAGUCUUGGGUUUGAGCGGCUCGCUGCUUCUGGAUGACUUUGAAACUGCUCAGCUAUUUAUGAACCACAGCCGGCUUCGUCGCCACGUGCCGAGAGCACAAAGUCGCCGGUCAGGAGACGCAGAGACCAAAGCACACUGUCCAGGAUCUUCAACCUGUGACGCUCUCAUCAGAGAUCAGGAGACACCAAGUCCCGUCCUCCCCCUAAACGCUGGAGCACCAUCUUCUAAACUCCAGGAUCCGACCACAGAUCCAUCGAUGGGACCAGGAGAAGAAGAAAAACAAGACGAAGAAGGAAAAACAGAUCUGCAUGCGGCGGACUCACAACCUCAAGAAGCGUUAACCCACUAACACCAGCCUCCUGUACAUUUAGACAGAGACACAACGUUGGCAGAGUGUAAAAUCAGUUUUCUUUUUUUAAUCCCACGUCUAAGGAGUUAUGUAGCUGUUUAUGAGAGGUUCGGUCACGCUUUUAGUUUAAAUCCUACUGUAAAAAUCAUCCUUGUCCGAUGGUGCUAGUGUCUGCUGUCUGCUGUCUGAGGUUUGUUCAUGGCAGAUGUUUGUUUUUCUACUUGUCGACUGUCACGUUGUGCAUUUCGCUGCUUUUCUAGAACUCACACACCGAGCAUUGAUUUAUCUAUGAAUCCAGACGGAGAGUGGUUCUGUUUCUGCCUGAGUAUGUCACAAAGGAGUGUAUUUGGCAAUAAAACUGGAAACCUGUACGAGUAGUAUCGACUCUAAUCCUGUUUUAUGUAACUGUUUUGGUUUCGUUUUGCCUCAGUGUGAUUAAUGAACAUGUACAGUAUGAUGCCGUCUAAAUCUAUCAACCAAUAAAACGCCCUUUUCAAAUGCACUGUCAUGUAACAGAAAAAAAUCCUAAAAACUAGUCUUUUCUACAGCUUUUAGAUCGAUCUCAUUUGGUAUAAUUUAUCUGUUUGCAUCUUGAAUUAAGUUUUAAUGUUACCUGUGUUUUACUUCGAGGACGUGGUUUGUUAACGUUGAUGGUCAGACUGUAAGUGGUUUAAAGGGUUUAAGAAGGAAGCAGCACGAUGGCGUGAGGAGUUCGGUACUGUAGGACGGCGUGUCGGAUUCAAAUGUUCUGACGAAUUAUGUUGUUUUUAUUUUGUUCAUAAUAAAUCACACUGCCACUCUCGUUUGUGUGUGAUCUGUUUGUGCAUUCAGUUUAACUGGAAAGUGAGAAGCACUGUGGAGGACGAGGUGGUGCUCCAUGAACAGGAACUGUUGUGUUUCAUCUUUAUGUAAAAUCACUGUUUUUAAUGUACAGCCUAACUGGUAACAAACACCUUUAGUCUUAAGGGUAAUUAAAUGUUUUAACAUCUGA